UAUUGAGCAAAUUUUUAUCCUAUUUUUAAUGACUGAAUGGUUAACUACUGAUUGUGUUUGUUGUUUUAUUAAAAGCUUACGAAUAUCUUGUAAUAGAAGCGUCAUUGGUCAGCAAAUAGUAGUUAUACCCAUAGCGGAGCAAUUUUAUAAAGUGUAACAAUUUAAUAGUAAUCACCAUGUGGUGUUCUGCUAGUGAUAUGGCUGUUUCUUUUCCCGAAACUCGAAAAAAUAGUCAGAUUUGCCCUCGAUGUAGUGAACACGCUGUUGACUCGAGCUUGUUACCUUGCCUUCAUGGUUUCUGUAAAUUUUGUAUUGGUCAACUUUCAAACAGUCGCUUAUGGAAUUUCGCAGAAUUUAUUGUUUGUCCCAGCUGUCAUAAAAAUGCAUCUUUACCUAAAGAUUCUUCAUUGGAAGCUGUAUCACAAGGUGUGCUUCUAAAUACAAUACUAAAUUUAGUUGACGAUUUUAGUGCCUAUUCACCACCAGUCGAUGAUUCUGAUGCUUUAUGUACGUCUUGUGAUGAAGGUAAUAAAACUGUUGCUAGAUGCAAAGACUGUAAUGAAGUCUUGUGCGAGAAUUGUGUUAGAGCACAUCAACGUGUACGUUUAACCAAAGAUCAUGUAAUAGACACAUUCCCUGAAGAACAUUUAGAUUAUCAAGCACCUGUCACAUCUUUACAAUCCUCUAAUAAAUCAUCUAAUUUUUGUGAUCUUCAUCCUUUAAAAGUUCUUAGGUUAUACUGUGAGAUGUGUAGAGAGCCUUUAUGCAAUGAUUGCAUAAUGGAUGUAACCCAUUCUGGUCAUACUAUGAGCUAUUUGCAGGAUGCUGUUGGAGAAAGUAGACAGACUGCCAUGACACUUCUAGAAGAAGCUAAGAAUAAUAAGCGCAGUCUGGAGGAAAGCAUUCAGGUUAGUCAAGGAAUGUCUGAUGAUGUUGAGCUUAAAGUACAAAAUGUUGCUGCAGAAAUUAGAACCACUAUAAGGAGGCAUAUGUCUGUUCUUGAAGAAAGGGAAAGGGAGCUUCUUCAUCAGUUGGAAAAAAUUCGUCAAGUCAAAGGUCGAGCUCUUUUAUUACAAAUCAAAGAUUUGAAGGCUCUGUUAAAAGAUGUAUCUCAAAUAAUAGAUUUUAUUCAGCAUGUCUUGGAUAGUGGUAAUGACAUUGAUAUUUUGAAAGCCAAAGAAAAAUGUUUACGAGAAAUGAAUGACCUUAGACAACGCCGUAGCAAUAUACAACCUCAUGAAGAUGACAAUAUAAUAUUUACUCAACCUGACAAUGCCCUCUUAAGUGCUAUUAGCACUUUAGGCUUUCUUAGUACCUCUGGCUUUGGUCCCAAUUCUGUUGCAGCUGGUGAAGGCCUUCAGCAAGCUCUUUGUGGUCAUCAGUCUACAUUUUUAGUUCAAGUAAAAGAUUAUUUAGGAGAACUUCAAGUUGUUGGAGGAGAUGCUUUAUAUGCUAGUGUUCAAGCUCCUGAUGGUAGUAAUUGCAAAGCUCAUGUUAUUGACCGACAAAAUGGUACGUAUGCCGUUUGUUACAUACCUGAAGUUGUUGGACAACAUACAAUUUCUGUUUUUUUACGAGGAAUGCAUAUUCAACAAAGCCCUUUCCAUGUUAAUGUCAGGAUGGGACGAAAUUAUAGUCAAGUUGGUAAAAUGUUCCUAUCUUUUGGAGGAGAAGGUGAUGGCGAUGGACAGCUUUGUCGACCCUGGGGGGUGUGUACAGACAAAAGUGGCAAUAUAAUUGUGGCUGAUCGCAGCAAUAACAGAAUUCAAAUUUUUAAUCCAGAUGGCACAUUUAAACUUAAAUUUGGUACUCCUGGUUCACGACCAGGUCAAUUUGAUAGACCAGCUGGGGUUACAAUCGAUCAUUUAGGCCGAAUAAUUGUUGCAGAUAAAGAUAAUCAUCGUAUCCAAAUCUUUGAUUCAGAAGGGAACUUCAUUUUAAAAUUUGGUGAAAGAGGAAGUAAAAAUGGACAGUUCAAUUAUCCUUGGGAUGUGGCUGUGAAUGCGGAAGGCCACAUUUUAGUAUCUGAUACAAGAAAUCACAGAUUACAGUUGUUCACUUCUGAUGGGACUUUCAUAAAUAAAUAUGGAUUUGAUGGAGGCCUUUGGAAACAGUUUGAUUCACCACGUGGAGUGGCUUUCACAGCUGAUGGCCACAUGGUGGUUACUGAUUUUAAUAAUCAUCGCAUUCUUGUUGUACAUCCAAAUUUCCAAUCUGCAAGAUUCCUUGGCCAAGAAGGUUCAAAUAAUGGGCAUUUCUUACGACCUCAAGGUGUUGCUGUUGACCCUGAAGGACAUAUUAUUGUUGCCGACUCAAGAAAUCAUCGCAUUCAGAUUUUCCAUCCCAAUGGUCAUUUUCUAUGUAAAUUUGGAACUCCAGGUACUGGUCCUGGACAGAUGGAUCGACCCUCUGGUGUCUGUAUUUCUCCUGAAGGCUAUAUCAUUAUUGUGGAUUUUGGUAACAAUAGAGUUCAAGUAUUUUAAAUUUAUUUUUUACUGAACUGCCUUAAUUGAAAUGUUUUUGGCACUAUGACCUCUGUAGCAUUCAUUAAGCUCAGGGAAAUCUCAAGUCUUCAAGGCAUGGAAAUUUUACAGGUGCUUAUUUGCAUCGGUUCCUUUAUGAUUUCUUUUGAUGUCGUGUGAUAACGUUUUAUACCUCGCUGUCAUUUUAUGACAAUUUUCUUCUACCUCAGAAUAUAGGAUCAUGAUUUAUUUGUUUAAAUUGCCCCUUACAAUACUGCUAAGCAGUUGCAAUUUAUUUAAUUUGUAUUAAUAUAUUUUUUCAUUAGUUUCUGUUUACCUAAAAACUUUGGCAUUUAAUAUUGAUCAUGCAUUUAUGUCGACGUAUUUUCAUUAAAAUGAAUAGAAUUCCUGAAGUUGAAGACCUGUCAUACUCUUCAUGACAAAAAAAUAAAUAAAAUAAUAAUAAUAAUCUGCAAAUGGUACAUGUUCCUAAACUAGCACUUAAAAGUGUGAAAAGCAAAAUGUUUUAAAAAAUGUAUUGUGAUCAGAUGUAGGAUACAUAUUUUUAUUUAUAUUACUAGCACUGUAGGUUGUCUCCACUUAUUUAUUGUGAAAGUGGAUGGAAAAUUAGUUUCUGAUUAAAUAUUACUGUCCAGCUUUAUAUAACAGAAUUAUGAAUUUCAUAUAUAGAAUAUAUGCCAUUUGUAUGUGUUAUCUAGAAUAUCGUCAAUAUUGAAAUUUUGAUGGUGUAAUGUAAUGUAUUGUGACGUGUUGUAUUGUGUGUUUAAGCCAGUUUUUUAAAAAAGGAUGUUGGUAAUUAUUUGUUUAAUUUAAUUAAGAGGUAAAAAUUGUAGAGUUUAUUUUUAUUUUUGCUGCAAGGAGAUGAAUUUACUUCCACGUGAAAUUUUAUUGCAGCUGAGUGAUCUGUAAAUUUUUCUAUAGAUAUAUUUAUUUUCAGAUUAUAUUUGUUUUAUUAUAGAGCUCAUAAAUCAAAACUUAAUAGUUGUGUGUAUGAGUAUUACGGAAAGCUUUAUUUAUAUUCAAUGUUCUCAAUGGCCUUCACCUAUUUCUUGUUCCCUAUACCCGGUGGGAGUGCAUAUUUGUACUUUUCUUUGUCAUGAUUAUGGAAUGCAUGAUUUUAAAAAGGAAAAAAAAAA